UCGUCCCCCCGCCAUGUCUGGGGUUCGUGCCCACGGUCCGAGCAAGAGGUGCAGUAGGUGGCCGGUGCGGAACAGAGCAGCCCGGGGGUGGCUAAAGCCCCCCUAUUUGUUAGUCACAGAUGGUAUCGCCCCGGCCGCCGGGUGGCCUCUGCCUAGCGGAGGACUCGGGCGCUCCGAGUGGCUGGGAGGUGGGGCGUUCUGGGGGCCGUGCCCCGUGGAGUGGGGAGUAGGCAGGGGAUAGACAGGCCUGGGACAUAAAGUGUUUUGAAACUAAUUCCAGGGGAGUCACAACAGUUUGACAAAUAAGAUGCUUUCUGGGAAAACUGGAUUCAGAAGAGGAAAAACUCGUCUCCUCCAAGUUCACCCCAAAUUGUGUAGAAGUAAGUUGGAUCCCCGUGGCUGCUCCGGAUUGGUCGAGAUGUAGUUACGCGGACCAAUAAAAAAAAAGAAAGGAAAUGUGCUGGCCUAUAGGAAGAGAAAAGCAGAAUCGAACCUAGGACCCUUCAGUCCACAGGCCGACUCUCUAUCCACUGUGCCAAACCAGUCAGGGCAAGGUAGUAAAUUUUCUGUGGAGUCUGUAUCUUGGGCAGCUGGGGAGGCGAGCGGCGGAGGCUGGAUGUGCUCCUGGCAGAGGUCACCCGCCCCCACCCCGCCCCGCCCGCCCCCGCCCCCUAUGAGAUGAGCAAAGCCCGGGCCCCUGCCCAUGAGGUUGCCGGCCAGGUGAAGCUGUGGGGCUGGAGCGGUCAAGAUGGCGGCAGUGGGCCUCUGGCUGCCCGCCAGCCCCUGGAGCUCCGGGCCUUCCUCCGCCUGCUGGAGCACAGCUGCCUUCAGGAAUUCCUCGCCAGAGACCCCUGUUUCCAGGUUUCAGAUAAGUAUCUCCUGGCCAUGGUGCUGGUCUACUUCCGGCGCGCCAACCUGAAGCUCAGCGAGUACACCUGCAGCAACCUGUUCUUGGCACUGUACCUUGCAAACGACAUGGAGGAGGACCUGGAGGAAGCCAAAUGUAUGAUUUUCCCGUGGGCCCUGGGCGAGGGCUGGCACAAUCAGGUGGCAGACUUCCUGCGCCAGAGGGACAGGCUGUGGGCGAGGAUGGGCUUCCGGGCUCUAGUGAGCCGCCGGCACUGUGAGAAGGUCAUGGCCAUGGAGCCAUCCCACUGGGCCUGGACUCGGGAGCGGUGCAACCACCACGGCGGGGCUCACAGGAGCUACUCAAAGGCCGGGAUCGCCCUCCCCGGGGGCCCCGGCUUCUCACCACCCCACUGCUCCCUCUGUGGCUCGCCCCCUCUCCAUAGUCACUACUCCCACCAGCCCUGCCCCUUGCCUGUCUUACCCGAGAGUCCUGCCCCAAACCCCGAGGGGUACGGCUCUCCUUCCCAGGCCUGUCUCUCAGGGGCUGAAGACCCCUGGGCUGGGGGCUUCCUCAUGGUCCUGCCCUCCCGGCUACUUCUGGAGCCAGGCACCUAUACCCUUCACAGUGAGUUGAGGGCAGGAGCUGGGGGUGGGCUUGGGCGCCUGGGAGACAGGUGUGAGGCUGACCGAACGAGAGGAAGGGCCGGGACCACAGGUCUGGGCGCAUGCCCCAGCUCUGCCAGCUCCUAGCGGUGUGAGCUGGGAAGUCUCCUCUCUGAGCCUCUCUUCGUCCUUCCCCCAGUCCUCUCGGAGCCGCUGCCAGUGCCCUAGGCGCAGAUGGACGGAUGGACGGACGCUCGCAGGGCGAAGAGCAGCUGGCCUGCCUGCCCUGUGGCCCGCUGCCCUCCUGUCUUGUUGACUGCAGGCUGUCAGUGCUGCCCAAGCCCCCGGCCCCUCCUCCCGACCUGCAACCUGCACCCACCCUGCCCCUGCCCCCCUCUAAUAAACUCACGUCCACUGUGCUUAGGCCUGGCUCCGUGGCCCAGGGUGGGGGAGGGAGGCAGUGGGGCGAGAGGCGUCUGGCAGGUUCAGGUCUGUGGUUGGGACCCAUGAGCACAAGGUCUGUCAUUGUUCUUCUCCCCGUUGGUGGCGGUCAUCCUGAGCCUCAGUUUCCCCUCUCUGGCCUCCCCUGGGGGUGAUGAGAUCUGCCGUGUGGAUGGCGCUGGAUGAGAUGAGGUGUACGCAGCCCUGGGAAGAGGGCCUGGAGCCUACUGCACACAAAGCUCAAAUGAAAAACAGCUCUAUUCUUGUCCGAAACGCCCGGGGGCAGGUCUGUCCAGGCAUAGGACUAGGCCCUUGCCCUGGGCUGCGACCCAACAGAAGGCCCUGGUUAUGCUAGAACACCCCUCCCCAAAGGGUGUUUGUUAACGACGGGCAGGGCGGCUUUCCAGAGGGGGUGGGGUUUGAACUGGCCUUGGACAGUGUCAGGUUUGCAUGAGGGCUGGCGAGGGGGGUGGUUCUGAGGAAGGGCUUCUUAGAGAGACAGCCUAUUGUACUGACUGAGUCUUGGCCUCUGAGCCAGGCAGCUUCAGAUUCCAGGUUCCUGCGUGACCUGGGCAUGUCCCUGAGCCUCCCCCAUGCCUCCUCCGUAAAAGGGGCAUUGCACCCAAACGGGUUUUGAAUGAUCUAAUCCUAGAAGGGUUUAGAACUGCCUCAAGAGUAGAGCGCAGCCCUGGCCGGGUGGCUGGAUUGAUUGGAGCGUCGUCCCGAUGUGCCAAGGUUGCGGGUUCGAUCCCUGGUCAGGACACAUAUAAGAAGCAACCACUGAAUGCAUAAGUAAAUGGAACAGCAAACUGACGUUUCUCGCUCUCCCUCCCCUCUCUCUUUCUAAAAGAAAAUCAAUCAAAAAAGGAUGGAGCUCGAAUAUGUGUUACAGCCCUAGCAGGUUUGCUCACUGGGUAGAGCGUCAACCUGCAGACUGAAGGGCCCUGGGUUUGAUUCCAGACACAUGCCUGUGUUUCGGACUCUAUCCCCAGUAGGGGGCGUGCAGGAGGCAGCCAAGCAAUGAUUCUCCCUCAUCCAUUGAUGCUUCUGUCUCUUUCCCUCUCCCUUCCUCUCUGAAAUCAAUAAAAAAAAAUUUUUU